CCUUCGCCAUUUUCCCUCCAGAGGAUCAACAAACUACAGCUUUGAGGCACCGCGUCCUUUUGCCGAAAUGGCAGUGUAAAAGUGUGCAGCGUCCCAGCAGCAGCAAAAACAACAGUGCAUCACGCAAGUGCACUGAAGUCCUCUUCUAAUUCAGCAAAAUGUCGUCCUUCAAGGAAACCCUCAGCACUGCUGCAUCUGACAGCAUUAAAGAGUUUGACACUUCCCUACUAUUGUCACUCAUCCCUUUUGUGACCAACAACAGCCACUAUGACCACGAUGAUGACAAGCUCACAGUUUGGCCUGGAAGACAUGGAGGCCCUUCUAUGGGGGCCUACCUUUCCCAUGGCUGACCCCAUGGACUCCUUCUUUGUCCACCCUGACCAAGACGAACAACGCAGAGAAAAUUCAUUUGAGGGGAGCGCCUCACCCGCGUCACCCCUCAACUCAUCUUUGUCCUCCUCUUCCUCUCCCCCUCCCUUCUAUUCUCCUCCCCCCUCGCCUCCCACCGACCGUCUCCAUGGGAACAAACCUGGGUCUGAGUCGGACCUGCUCUCCAUUUCCUGGUUGGACCAUCCUGGUCAACUGAGAAGUCAUGCCGUCUCAGAUGACAGCAAAGAGAACGCAUUUGGGGACCUCGACUGGAUGGAUGAGAGGGAAUUUGACUUCGAUUCUCUCAUUGGGUCCUGCAGUCCUUCUGAAGACUCUCCAAGCUCUCCAGAGGACUUGCUAGCCUCUCUCGAUUGCUCCAUGGAUUUCGACCCCUACCCUGUGACCACAUUCUCCUCCCCAGUGCAUACCAGUCUUUCCUCUGCUUCUCUUCCAGAAAUGGUUCCUUCUGUACAUUCCACUACCCCUGAAGACAACUCAAUUGUUCCCAUCCCACAACCUGCCUCUCCUGUUGGCAGUCAGGAGGUUCCCUCCACACCCCCCUCUGUCCCAGAGCCCCAGGAGGAGCUUGAGAUCAAAUCUGAGCCUGCUUCUCCGGAGCCUUCAUCCCCCUACACUCUGGAGCUGGGCAGUGAGGUAGAUGUGUCCGAGAGUGAGGUAGAGGUGACAGAGGUGAAACCAGUGGUCGCCUCAGUCAUCCCCCAGAUCCCCAGGUUUGUGGUGUCCCUCUCCCCUACUCGCAUUGUCUUGGUGCUGGCCCCCAGAGAGGAGCUUGGCAUCAGCACCACCACUGUAACCACCACCACCCCCUCCUCAGAGGCCCCUGAGCCCACCCCUUCCACACGAGCCUCUCGCAGCAGACCCUACCCUGAGCCCAAGUACAAGGUCUGCCCAUCCCCUCCGACAGGUGCUAGUGUUAAGGUCAAGUCCUCCCAGAGCGCGAUGGAGGAUAGGGUCCCACUGAAGGCACCACGAGAUAAGAAACUCAAGAAGAUGGAGCAGAAUAAGACUGCAGCCACUCGAUAUAGACAGAAGAAGCGAGCUGAGCAGGAUGCUCUGUUGGAAGAACAUGCCAUACUCGAAAGGAAGAACCUGGAGCUGACGGAGAAGGCUGAGUCCAUGGCCAGAGAGAUUCAGUACCUCAAAGAGCUGAUGGAGGAAGUGCGCCUGACCAGGAUAAAGAAAGGGCUUAGUGCUGACCCCUAGUGGUUAGAUCCAAUUGAGAGUGCGUAGUAAGAAUUUCAGUGGAAUGGUGAGAAUGAGCUCGGCUAAUGCUUUUUUGUAUUCCGCAUGCUUAACCCACGAAAUACAUGUCAGAAUUAUUCUCCUGAAUAUUUAACUUGGUAUUCAAAUUGUAUUUAUAGAGUAGUUUUAUGGAAAGGGUGUUUUCCAUUGUUUGUUACAUUUUAUGUAUGCUACGGACC